AUGAGCGCGCUGGACGUGAGAAAUGGGAGGGUGGAUAUCGAGGUGCCAACGGACGAGGACGCGAAGCAUUGCGCUCGCGUGUUGAAGGAUCAGCACUCCAGCCUGAAGUCCAUCGAUCUCAGGAGGGGUCUCGUCACGAGCGCGGGGGCCGGCGCUCUCGCCAAGGCGCUCAAAGGUAACUCAAGUCUGCGACACCUGGGCCUGCCGGGCAACAGCAUCGGAGACGUCGGUGUUGGUGCCGUAGGGCGGGCGUUGGAAGGAAACCUUGGGUGCGCCCUGGCGUCCGUAGACCUGUCUGCUACAGGCAUCACGGUGGUGGGGCUGUCUAACCUCGUGCAAGGGGUGUCCAGGCUGCCGAACCUGCACACGGUCUGCCUGAACGACAACAACCUUGCGCAAGAGGCCGGGCAUCAGCUGUCGAACCUCCUCAAGGCAAGCACGUCGCUGCACACGGUGCUGGCCAGCGGGAACUAUCUGGGGGACCGGGGGCUGGCGGCGCUGUGCGGGGCUUUCUGCUACCUCAAGCCGGCCAGGGUGCUCAGCCUGGACGUCAGCGGGAAUGGUAUCGGAGACCUCGGCGCCCAGUGGCUCUGCAAGGGCAUCUCCGCCCUGUGCCGCAACCAACAAGACACGGCCGGCGGCGGCAGCGGCAGCGGCAGCGGCAUCCGCGACCUGCGCCUCCGAGGCAACAACAUCACCCACACUGGUGCGAAAGAGCUCGCCACCAUUCUCUCCGAGGACCGUUGCGCGCGCGACCUGCGCGAGCUCGACCUGUCGAUGAACACGAUCACCGCGGACGGCUUCCGCCCCCUCGCCGUCUCGCUCCGCGGGUGCCGGGAGCUCGUCCGGCUGGACGUGGCCGGCUGCCGACUCGGCCCCGGAGGUGUGGAUGCUGUCGCCGACCUCAUCGCCGCCUCGGGGCCGAAGCUCACCGCCGUUAUCCUGACGCCCAAGGCGGAGUUCGCGGACAGAGUGCUGGGGGACCGGGGGGGGCUCGCGGUUGCGCUGCGGCAGUCCCUCCAGCGGCUGGCGGACUCGCUCCCGUUCGCCGGGAGCGUGGUGGAGGUAGGGCUCGGCGCCUUCCUCCGUGCGGACCCCGCCGCCGCGGCCAGCAUCGAGGAGACCUUGCGCGAGCGCCGGGAGCAGCAGAAGCAGCAGCAGCAGCAGCAGCAGCAGCAGCAGCAAGCGCGGGAAGCACAAUCGUCGGAGCGCAGCGCGAGAGAGGGGAGCAAACGAGGCACUGCUGCUGCGGUGGCGGCGGCGGGGCCUUCGAGAUCGACCGAGAAAUCGCGGGCGGCCAAUAGGACCGGCGGCGGCGGGGGGGGAGGCCGGAAGAGGGCCGAAGGGCCGCAGGCGUCGCCUGCCGCGGAGGGGCGGCGGGCUGGAGGGGGCACUGCCCCGCGCUCCGGCGGCGGCGGCGGCGGGAUUCCGACUACCCCGAAGACGUCUAACCGGUCCAACAACAACCCCAGGGGCCGCUCGCGUCAGCAGCAGGGCGUCGGCAAGAGCGGGGCGCGCGCGACGGGAAUCGAGCGGCCGAAAGCUGGAGUGGAGCGGCAGAAGGCGGCGGGCGGAACGGCGGAGCGGCAGCGGAGAGGGGCGGGGGGUCCGCGACCUUCUCCGCCGUCUGAAAGAGGUGUUGGAACAAGCGCGUCGUCCUCGGGACCCGGUGGCCUUCAACGGACGUCGAGCAAGGCGUCCAUGCGAGGAGGCGGGGGACCCGUGGGAAAAUCUGAAACCGGACAACCGAGACAGCCGGUGGUGGCGGGUCAGCAUUACAAGACGACGACGGCGACGCUUGCCGCUCGCGACCGCGCCGCCGCCGAUGCCCGCGCCGCCCCCCACAGGCGCUUGCACCAGGGGGAAGAGCUGGACUCGAUCGAAGGGUUCACGGAGCCACGGCAAGCUCCGAAGUCGAUGCCGCCUACCCGGGAGUUGCUGGCGAGCCAGGCGGCCGCGGCGGUAUUAGCGGCCGGUGGUGGUGGCAACACGGGCUUUUUCAGUGACGGCGGCGGCGGGGGUAAGAAGGCGGCGGAGCCAGGGUCCUUGACAGGCUUGGAGGCCGCCGCCAGCGGGGGUGUCGUAGAAUCGAUUGCGGAUGUGGUGUCCAAGGUGAUGGGGGACACUGCGGCCGUGGCGGACGGUCUUGUAACGCCUCCUCCCGUCGCGCCUUCGACAUGGGAUUGGGACAAUGAUAGUGGUGGUCCUGCUGGAUCUACGGCGGCGGGGAAGAAAGAGGAGAACGAUGCCGAUGACUCUCCUUCUACUACCGCCAGCGGUGCUUCUACGAUGGUUCCGUCUUCGGUUGGGCCGGUGUCGACGGGGCAGCAAGGAGGCGGGGCCAAGGCGGUGGCACUGUCGCGGAAAUCGUCGGCCGCGAGCUUCUCUACAGCACCCGAGUCGAGCUCGGAGCCAGAGGUGGCGGCGGGGAUGACGUCUCUAGCGAUGAGCGACGGCCGCAGGUCAGGCUCGAAGUCGAGCCCUCAGGGAACUACGGCGAUUGAAGUCAGCUCUGGCGGGGGCGGCGGUAGCCAGCAGCAGCUGGUUACUGUGGAAGACGCGAGUCGGAUGCUCGCUCCCCUUGUCGCCCAAGAGGUGGAAAAGGAGACCAAAAAGAUUGAGAUCAGGAUGCAGAACGAGAUGAACUCAGCGUUGCGCACGAUGAGGUCGGAGAUGGAGGCUAUCGACCGCGAGGGGCUGAUGGCGCGGGUGGCCAUGGAGAAGCGCCUCAAGACGGGCAUCAAGCGGCUGCUGGAGCGCAUCGACCACCUGGAGCGGCGGUUCUCCAAGCUCGAGCGGGAGGACCGGAAGCGACUCGCCCUGGAAGCGGCUUCUUCGUCUUCUUCUGUAGCGGCAGCGCCGCCGCCGCCGCCGGCCUUGGGGGGUGCCGCCGACGUUGUUGUCCGUCUGCAGUCCCCCUCCUCGGCAAGCGAAGCCUCGGCGGCCUUGACCAAGACCAAUCGCGCGCCGGAUACACCUGAGGCUCGGCCGCUCGUGACGUGGUCGGGCGGCGACGGGGAUUUCAGCAGCGCGGCCGGGUCUACCGCCGGCUCUUCUUGCGACGGAGAGUACUCCGAGGCAGGGGAUGACACCGAGGCAGACAUCGUCCGGAUGCUGGAGGAGAAGAUGGCGGCGCUGGAGGGAAAGCUCCUGGGCCACGAGGAGCGGCAGCGCGCCGACCCGAGGGCCGCGGAAGGGCUGGGGAUGACCCCCGCGAUGUGGGCUUGAUCCGGUAUCUAUCAAGGAGGGGUAUUUUUUCGGGGGAGGGGGGGAUCAACAGCUGGCUCUCGAUGCGGGGAAAGGGUCUGACCCGGGCGCGUUUUUUGGAGGGGAAACGGGGGUGUGUGCCUUCCUGGCCGGUAAAGGAUAAUGAUGUUGCGAAACCCCUUGGCGGGGCCACGAGGUUGCAUAGUGAUACUGCGGAACCCCUGAGAACGAGGCGUUACGCCUCAAUGAUCGGAUGGGAAGACAACGAGUGGUAUUUGUUAGGGUUUCGAGUCUGUGUGGCGUUGUUUCCUGGUGGCGUUCUUGCUGCUGCUCUUAUAACACGGUGCUGCUGCCGUGUAUGACGUAAGUUGUCACACCCCUCUUGAACGAUUUUCAAAGCUCGAAUUCUCCACGAUGAAGAGGAGAAUGUAAACAGCAAUCGAUACGUUUUCGGAAAUCUCUCUCUAUGAGGCGGCAGCCAUUUCCGCCACCGUCUCUCGUUCUGCUGCAGGGCAAUUAAUCGAGCUUUGGAAAUUUGGGUCCAUGGGGUGGUGUGUUAUCUCACGUCACACCUACGGUACCUCCGUUUUUAGUCAGAUCAGAUCUCCCGCCAGCCUUCUUGGCGGCCUCGUCGAUCGGCACCUGGGGUUUUGGCGUAUCGGCACGCCGGGGACAUGACAUCGCUUGCGCCUCUGCGUUGUUUGUGCUCGGAGACGGGGUAGAAGGCGACAGACAUCUGCAGAUGGCGGCGGUGGCCACGGCAGCGGCUCUCAGCCGACACGUGGGUAGUCAUGUUCUUAGUCGAGUGUGCGGCAGAGCGUAGGGGUGACGCCAUCUAGCAGCCAAGGGAUCCAGCCUCUCUUGGGUCGUUGUGCCAUUCUACAAAAGUAUGCGGAUUUUACUCCCAUUGUUUGUUUGUUUUUUGCAAACCCUUACGAGAUUUCGGCUAUUGGCUGGUCCGGAGGUGUUUCGACGCCAUGCUCGAGUGCGUGCAAACCGCAAGAAUCAUGCUGCCAGCGGCGGCGGAGAAAAAUAAAUGUGUUGUUGUCGUUGGUGGUGUCGUCUAGCGUGUAACUUCGGGAGAUCCACACACACGUACGUCCCCGUCGUUGAUUCUGGCGGCAACCGGGCAGGGAAGUUGAUGCCCAUGUCUAGCGUGUGUGUGUGCGUUUUCUUCUUUGUUGUCGUAGGUGCUGCGUGUAUUGAAUGUCUUUCUUGCGCGCGCGACAUGGUAUGGUGACCGACAAGCAUCCAUUCCUUGUUGUCGAAGCUUGUCGUGUAGGUGUUGCACGCUCGCAGGGUGGGUGGGGUAGAUUCCAACGGGAUAGAUGGUGGUGGUGCGUGAGUGGAACGCGGGAGAGGGGGCGUGGGAGCACGCGGUUAGAUGCCGUUAGGAAUGUUGCCCGAAUUUUCGUGUAGCGCACGAUUGGAAAAACUCCAACGACGAUGUUUUUUUUAUUUUACCCCGGGUUAUUUUUAAGGCGUCUAGCGCUUUCUCGUGUACUCCUCUGUCGCGAUGCACAUGUUUUCUCUUUCAUUCUUUUUGUUGCGGCAGAGCAAUACCAUCCAUGUACCACGUGUGGACAUCACCUUUUCUUGCACUAACCGCGACAGGAUGGUCAAUUUAUUGGGAUGUCACGUGGGCCACCAUGUAUUGUAGCAAUGGCUAUUGCUUACUAAUCUGGCGCAGCCAAGUCUCGCUCGAAGGAUUGUGUAUGGAUGUGGACACCGGCACUCUAGAGUAGUACGAGAGGAGGUCGAAGGCGUGCU